AUGAAUCCCUCGAAGGAUCUACAUUCAUCAAGCUAUCUUGUUCGAGAAACAUUUAUUGUUCCUAAAGACGAUCAAGAUAUUAAUUUAGUUCCUGAACGAAAAAAUGUACAACAAAAAAGAAAUACUGAAUAUCUUAUUCAAGUUUUAUAUAAAUUAAAAUUUUCUGAAGAAGAAUGUAUUUCUCGUUUUAGUGCUUCAUUUGAAAAUCAAGUGGAUUCUUCUAGUCAACAGAGAAAUUCUGAAUCGCUUUGGAAGACAUGGAAAUAUCGUCUAGCACUAGCAAGAACAACUCAAGAAAGAUCCGAAGCUUUGAAAUUUUUGAGUUCAUACAAAGACAAAUCAAAUAGUUGUCAUCAUUUACCGACAUUCAACGAGCUACAAACUGAACACGAUAAUCAUGAUUCUAAAGAUGCACGUAGUGUUUCACAAUUACAGGUCGACAAGAUUGAAAGUGAUCCAAGUUUUCAAAAAAACCAAAUUCGUAUUUCUCGAAAGAGCAAGUCAGUAAAAAAAGAUAAAAACGUCAUAAAAGUAAAAGAACAGUUAAACUUAUCAGAAGAUACAAAUCAAAAAGCAUUGUCUUUGGAAGAGAAACUUGCAAACAAUCGUGAAUUAAAUAUAAUAGGCAUCAUGAAUCUAUCUUCAAUGAAUUUGACUGAUAAUGAUAUGCUAUUGGUUAUAGAGAAAAUUUUCGGAAAACACAAAACAAAAUGUACUGGAUUUAUCUUCCGUGAUAACGCUCUGACAUCGAUUGGCAUGAAAAUGUUUGUCGACGCAAUACUUGCGACACGAAUGAAGUUAAAAUAUCUUAAUCUCUCGAAUAAUUUGAAUAUUGGAGACGCUGGAAUUGAACAUGUAGUGUAUUUAUUUAAAAAAAGUCGAUCGAUAAAUUUUCUAGCAUUAUCCAAUACGGGUAUUACUGAUCGAGGUGUUCGAUUACUAGCUGAUUUACUUUGUGAUGUUGAUGCUGAUACUGAUUCAUGUUGUUCAUCUCUCGAAAAACUUUAUUUAUCUUUCAAUACGUCGAUUACUGAUGAAUCAAUGGAAGCUCUUCUUCAAAUAAUUGAACAAAAUCGAACUUUGAAGUUACUCUCUGUACAAUACUGCAGUUUAUCUGAUCAAGCUCGACAAUUAUUGAGAGAAACAGGUAGAAAAAAGAAGAAGAAAAAAUUCAGUCUGUCAGAGUAAAACGAAAAAACCUAAUACGAACUAACUUUCUUUGUAUGUUGUUUUUUAAGUCAAUUUUCAACAUGAGAUAUAUCGUUGUACUAUUUCUUCUUGUUUUUAUUUGUAUUUGUUUCUUUCUUAUCUAUGUUUUGUCUUCAUUGUCUAAAUCUUUUAAUUGAUCGCGCGCUUAUUGGGUGUGGGUAUAGGUAGACAUGCAUCAAACUCAAACCCAAACCAUUCGAGAGUUUGGAUUUGUCACAUGAAACUCACCAAAUCAUUUGACUUUGGCUACAAGACCAUUUCUGUGAAGUCACUUUUGUAUAUAUACAAUGGUGUUUUUCAUAUAAAUAUAACCAAAGGUAUAUUUCUAUGUUUCAUAUUGUCAAACAUCAAAAUGAAGUUAUUCUUAAUCUUAAUAGGAUAAGCUUGCAGGACGGAAAUUUCUGAUUGAUUUAUCUAAAAUUUGAUAAGUUGAAAAUUGAAACAACCUUUUUCAGUCGCAGAAACGAUGUGAGAGUAAAUAAAAUGUGUAUGAAAAAGUUUUUAUCGACUACAUUAGUAAGUGUAGCUUAUGAUAUAUAUCAGAGAUGUGAGUGUCAACGCAUGGACGAAAAUAAGAAACAAAAGAAAUGCGGUAGAGAAGAUAAAGGUAAUAUCACGAGAAAAGAAGAGAAAGAAGUGUCAUGUCACUGCAUAGGAUAUGUGUUUAUGUAUAUGUAGAGAAUGCAAAACAAAACGGCGAGAGAAAGAUGAACACAGAAGGCAAAGAGAAGAAUUUAUGAUGGAUGAAAAAUGAAAGAGUAGUUACGACUGCUAUAAUGGCACUGACAUGAAACGAAAGAGUCGAACGUCUUCUUCAAGUUACUAGUUGAAGAUAGAAGAAAAGCAUCCGAAAAGAAAAAGGAUGGAGCGUGGGUAUGGGUGUGGGAAUACUCUGUUUGAAAAGGCACUCGUACCAAUCCACGCUCACACCCUCACGCCACCCAAAAACAUCAUGCCAUUAAUGAAAACAUAUUUCAAUGUCAUCUGAAGUACUAUAAUUCUCUUCAUCAUCAAUUCUUGAUCCCUUAAGCAUAGUAUAUGUC